AUGGGAGGAGAUUCCAACCAUGGUCAAACCGGUUCCAGUCAACGCCAAGCAGCCAGUUCCAGCCAAGGCCAAGCCGACAUCCAGCUGGCAAUCCUACGGUUGCUCGAACGUCUGACAAACCAGCAGCAGCCUCAGCAACAGAAUCCGGAACAAAUCCUGGAAUCCCUUUCGUCAAACAUUUCCGAAUUCGUUUACGAUCAGGAAAACGGAUUGACGUUCCAGCGGUGGUUUUCCCGGUAUCAAGAUCUGUUCGAGAACGACGCACGGCAGUUGGACGAUGCAGCGAAGGUCCGAUUGCUGCUCCGCAAGUUGGACACUCUAUCCCACAGCCGCUAUCUCAACUAUAUUCUGCCUGCACUUCCCAAGGACAUCGAUUUCCGAGAAACGGUAUCAACCUUGAAGAAAAUUUUCGGCAGUCAGGUUUCCAUGUUCCGGAAGCGUUUCCAGUGUCUCCAGAUUGUAAAAAACGAUAUGGAUGACAUCAUCGAUUACGGCAGAAAGGUGAACCGUGUAUGCGAGGAUUUCGAGUUCCAGAAUCUCACUCUGGACCACUUCAAGUGUUUGGUAUUCGUCAGCGGUCUGAAAUCGGCGAAACACGCUGAUAUACGAGCCAGGUUGCUGACCAAAAUGGAGAAUGAAACAAACGAAGCCCCAGCCACUCUUCAGUCGCUUAUUGACGAGUUUCAACGCCUCGCCAAUCUGAAGGAAGACACGUCGAUGAUUGAACAUCAAUCAAGCUUCAAAUCAUCCGUUCACGCCGUCAGAAACACGAAAAGUGCAACGAGUGCGUCGCAGCAAAAUUCUCCGAAGCUACCCAAGUCACCGUGCUGGCAGUGCGGUCAAAUGCACUUUGUGAAAGUGUGCCCAUUCAACAACCAUCUUUGCCAGAAUUGUAACCGCACCGGCCACAAGGAAGGUUACUGUUCUUGUAAUCACAAAAGCACCACCAACAUCACAAGCACAGUCCAACACAACGAUGGCAAGAAGCGUUUCAGAAGGAAGAAGCGUUCCAGCGCCGAAACCAGAGGGGAGUUCAUCAUCAACCAAGUUGAACAUCGUGCAAGCCGCAGGAAAUUUGCUUCAGUUCUUGUCAACGGACAGCCAGUGUCACUCCAGAUUGAUUCUGCCAGUGAUAUUUCCAUCAUUUCCUCAAAAGUGUGGGAACAAAUCGGCAAGCCUACCAUGAAGCCUUCUUCGAGUCAAGCCACAAAUGCAUCUGGUCAACCGCUAACCCUCCUUGGCGAAUUCAACUGCGAGGUAACAAUCAACGGCCAAACCCAGCAAGCAAGGUGUUUCGUGACAUCGGUUUCCGGUUUGAACCUGAUCGGCAUUGAAUGGCUAGACCUUUUCGAUCUAUGGUCUAUUCCGUUUAAAUCGAUCUGCAAUCAAAUCGCAAUAUUUUCACCGGAAAGAAUCGACAAGGAAAUCAAACAGAUGAUGGUCCAGCACAAGCAACUGUUCAGCGGCAGCCUUGGUCAUUUCAAUCGCUCUAAAGUUCAUCUUCACCUGAAACCAAACCCCAAACCGGUAUUCUGUCCACGACGUCCAGUUCCAUUCAAUUCAAUUCCGCUAGUCGACACCGAACUAACCCGUCUCCAGAACCUGGGAAUCAUCUCACCCAUAGAAUUCUCGGAGUGGGCAGCGCCGAUUGUAGUGGUGAAGAAACCGGACGGCAGAGUACGAAUCUGUGCUGACUAUUCGACGGGACUCAACGACGCAUUAGAAGCCAACCAUUAUCCACUGCCAGUACCAGAAGAAAUUUUUGCGCAGCUGGCCGGCAGUCAAGUCUUCAGUGUCAUAGAUUUAUCGGAUGCCUAUUUGCAGCUGGAAGUCACCGACGAGUCGAAAAAUCUCCUCACCAUCAACACUCAUCGAGGACUUUUUCGAUUCAACCGUCUCGCUCCGGGAGUCAAAUCCGCACCAGGGGCUUUUCAAUCAAUCAUCGACGGUGUAGUAGCUGACAUUCCUGGUGUGCGCCCUUUCAUCGACGAUGUUAUCAUCCACGGCAAGAGUUGGGAAGAGCAUUCGAAAUCCUUACAACUCUUACUUCGCAAAUUCGAGGACUGCGGUUUCCGGCUCAAAAUUGAAAAAUGCAAGUUUUUCCAAACCGAAAUCCGUUAUCUAGGCCACAUCGUUGAUACAAAGGGUAUCCGUCCCGAUCCGGCGAAGAUCAAGUCCAUCGCCAACAUUCCUGCGCCAAAGAACGUUUCCGAGCUCCGUUCGUUCCUUGGUGCUGUUAAUUAUUACGGCAAAUUUGUCAAGCAAAUCCACGACUUACGGCAUGCCAUGGACCAGCUGUUGCGCAAAGACGUGAAGUGGGAAUGGAAUUCCGAAUGUCAACAAUCAUUCGACAAAUUCAAGCAAAUUCUAAAUUCCAACCUGUUGCUGACACACUACGAUCCCAAGUUGCCUAUCGUCGUAGCAGCCGAUGCAUCAAAGACGGAAAUUGGUGCCGUAAUUUUUCACAAGUUUCCGAACGGUUCUUUAAAAGCGAUUCAGCAUGCAUCCCGAUCCCUCUCAACUGCAGAGCAAGCCUACGGUCAACCUGAGAAGGAAGCACUAGCGCUUGUGUAUGCUGUAACCAAAUUCCACAAGAUGCUUCUAGGAAGAAGGUUCACUCUUCAAACCGACCACAAACCUCUGUUGUCGAUUUUCGGUUCGAAGAAGGGCAUUCCUCUCCACACCGCCAACCGGUUGCAGCGAUGGGCGCUGAUAUUAUUGAACUACGACUUCGAAAUUCAAUACAUUUCUACGAACGAAUUUGGUUGUGCUGAUAUGUUGUCUCGACUUAUCGACAGCAGCAUCCGUCCGGAAGAGGAUUACGUCAUCGCAGCGAUAGCCUUGGAAGAAGACAUGGUAAGCAUCCUACAAGCAUCCAUUGAUGCAGUUCCAGUAUCGUUCAAAGCACUCCGUGACGCCUCAAGCAAAUGCAACACACUCAAACAGGUGAUCCGACACAUCAACGAAGGUUGGCCAGCUUCAUCACAACUCGUCAGCGAGCCGGUCAAACCGUUCUUCCAACGUCGUGAAUCUCUAAGUGUGAUCAACGGAUGUGUGAUGUUCCAAGAAACGGUGUACCCAUUGCGCCAUCGCAGCCAAAGCUCCAACGAAGGACCAGUUGACGGUGUCUACUUUUUCGUAGCGGUGGAUUCCAGUUCCAAGUGGCCAGAGGUGAUUGCAACCAAAUCGACAACGGCGAGCUCAACCAUCAAGCUUCUUAAGCAGAUGUUCGCUACAUUUGGAAUCCCUGAAACGAUUGUGAGCGACAACGGAACCCAAUUUACGAGUUUUGAGUUCCAAACAUUCUGCCAGCAGUCCGGCAUCGAGCACAUCCGAACGGCGCCAUUCCAUCCACAAUCAAAUGGGUUGGCAGAACGUUUUGUGGACUCUCUCAAGCGUAGCCUGAAGAAGAUUCAAUCGGGGGAGAAACUCUCGAGGAUGCACUUCGAACGUUCCUGA